GCUCCACUCUGUAAUAUACAUUUUCUUACUCAUCAUCGUCAUCAUUCAUCACUCCCAAUUACUCUCUCUCUCUCUCUCUCUCUCUCUAAGCGUAUAAAUGGUGGAUCGUCAUUGACAUUGUCGGUGUUCAAAUUCUGGAUACCCAUCUCGCAUGCGACCCUCCGACGUCCUAAUGGAGGACAGCGAUGAUGAUUUCUUCGGCGAAUCAUCAUUCAUCGUCACCGAUACAAGACGACGUAGAAGAAGAAGGAGAAGGGGGAGUUGUUUGUCCCCUCGAUCGUUGCUCUUUCGAUGGUGGUCGCCCUCUAAGAAGUCGAAGGGGCAAAAAAUUGUGGAGGUAAAGAAGAGUGAGGACGUAUCGAGGAGGGUGGGAUUGGAGAGAGAGAGAAAGGAGGAGGUGGGUUGUUCGAUGAAUGGUCUGAAUGGGGAAUCCUCUUCCUGUGUUUCGGAUUUGAAAGAAGAGUCUGAAAUUGAUGAGGUCUCAGCCUCAGGACAAUUCAGGAAAGAGGACUGUUUCAACUUGGCAGUUGGAUUUGGUCUGCUUUAUCUUAUUGCUGCAAGUAAAAACGAACUCAAUAAGAUUAUUAAGUUGCGGACAGAAAUGGAAAUGCUUCUUCAAAAUGUCAAAGAGGAAGUUGAGAACCAAAAUAUGGAAAUACUGUGUAAACCAUCCAAGUCAAAUGAGAUUAUUGCUUGCUCAGCUAUUGAUGCCCAUGAAAAUUUAUGCUCUAAUGGGCAUGUUUCACUUCAACAUCUGUUAUUGUUAAAAAAUCCAGCAGAUGUAGAAACCACCCAGUUAUAUGAUCAAUCUAUGACUUGCGAGGCAAUUAGACCAGAAAAAUGCAUGAAAGGAAUAGAUCAGCUUGAGGCUGAACUUGAAGCUGAAUUGGAACGUCUGCAGCUCCACUUGGACUCGGAUGAUAUUUUUGAAUACCCAAAACAGCAAAGAGUGGAGGUGACCAUCGAGGAUACUGCUCUUGUAGGAAGCCUAAGUGCAAGCUUUGAAGUAGUAGUUGACCCUCCAGAGGCAUGUACCCAAGAACACUUUGGAGUUCCUCCUAAUGAACUUGAAAGGAGGUUGCAUGAACUUUUAGAAUCGAGACAACAAGAAAGGAUAGAAGAGCUAGAACAUGCUUUAGAAUGUGUAAACCAAAAGCUUUGUGAGAAAGAAAGAGAAGUUUGUUGGUGGAAAAACACUGCAAUACUCAUUUCUCAGCACGUUCCAAAGACCUCUCGCUUGUUACCGUAAGAUCAAACCAUACCAAAGUCUUUCAAAAUGAGAUGUCGAUCAAGCUUCCAUGCCUUUUGUAAUUUUUUUUGAUAUUGUUGCUUGUGGAUCCCCAAAGUGUGGGGAUAGGUUUGCAAAAAGGAUGCUAACAACCGAUGGUGAGAAAAGUGACAACAACAGAUUUGAAAGGUUUCAGGGGAAAAAAUAGAAAGAAAUUUACUGAGUUGGGAAUUAAUGAUAUUAUUGAACAUCCUUAUGAACGCUUUGUAGAUGUAACAGUCUUGUUUAGUAUGGCCAUCUAUUUUGCCAGACUCUGAUCUCUAUGUAAUUUGGAUGAAUUGUCUCACAACUUUCAAGUACAUAGUUAUUCUAAUGUUUCUGCUUUUUGCUUC